AAUACGCUCGUGUAUCCCAGUUCUUCAUUGCAAUCAUGGCGCUGGCGCUGGUCGCUGUGUCCGAGGCGUCCUAUCAGCCAUACGAUGAUGAUCUUUCAUACCAGAGCUAUGGCUAUGGACUUCCCCUGUCGAAAGUGGUCGUCGGUUCUUCGUACGGUCUGCCAGCAGCUGUAGACAAGUACUCCUACCCAUCGCUGUACGGUUCUUAUUCGACCGUGAAGAGCGUGGUCGAAUACCCGUCGGUUGCUCCUGUGCUGGCCACCAAGGUCGUUGAUAACAGCUACGGAUUGGGAUACAACAAGCUGGUUGCUCCAGUCCUUGCCAGCGGAUACGGUCUGGGAUACAACAAGCUGAUCGCUCCGGUUGUCGCCAACAAAGUCGUCGAUAAUGGACUGUGGAACUAUGGCAGCUACGGACUGGGAUACAACAACUAUCUCCAAUCUUCCAAAUAUGUUUAUUAGCUAACGAACAAACCCAACCACUUGAUAUCUACAACUACCACGAACAACGUUUGUGAGCCAUGAUAUGUUUUAAUAUAAAUAUAUGAAGCAACGAAA